AUGCAAGUAACAGGGUUAAUAGUGUGGGCAGAAAGGUGGAUCACAAAGAAUGCCCGAGCACAAGGAAUGUUAAAUGUUUUUGUUGUGGAAAUGUGGGACAUAAAGCUAACGAUCAACGAUGCUCAGCUGGAGGGAAACAGUGCAGAAAAUGUAAUGGGACAGGACAUUUCUAGGCUGUAUGUAAAACAAAGAGGAGACAAAAUAGUGGCCGAGGCCGAGGAGCUGGAGGAAUGCGUAGGCCUGAUAGUAGAAGGAGGAGUGGUGGACACCAUCAUAUAAGGCAAGUAGAAGCUAAAGAUAAACAGAGUGGUGACUGUGAAUAUGUAUUUGGUAUACCAGAUUAUUCAAAUGUUUCAAGUGAUGGCAAGAUUUCUGUGGAAGUAGGGGGGUGUGCCUGUAACAAUGAUUAUUGA